ACCCGGCUGUUUCUCACAGAGGCGCGAGCGCGUCGCUAUAAAGCGCGUGGAGUUGACGCUCACUCACUCAGUGCGGGACAGACGCGCAGCGGAGCUUUAACGAUGCUGGCUGUGAUCCGGCUGAUCUUCAUCCUCCGGACCGUCAUCUUCAUCAUCAGCGCGGAGAAAGUCUUCCACAGCAGAGAUCAUUCCGAUGCGAUGAACGACAUCCGUCAGGCGGAACUCAUCACCGACACCGACACUGCACAGCGGUUUCUGUCUAAGUAUGGCUUCAUAAAGGCCACAGACGGCGAUGAGCCUUCGUUCCCAGCGGGUGAGACGGAGGUCAGUCUCUCUCUGGACCUUCAGGAGGGAGGAACCGCGUCCAGAUCCGGCAGCCCUGAUCUCCGGUUCAUCUCGGCCCUGAAGGAGUUCCAGCAGGUGUCCGGUCUGCCCGUCACAGGUGUGUUUGAUGAUGCCACCAAAGCAGCCAUGAAUAAACCCAGGUGUGGCGUCCCGGACCGGGAUGAGGAGCUAGAGUCUCCCGAACAAGUGUUCGAGUCCAACAGCACCACAACACACACUCACACUGAUGCUGCAGUGAAUGCCAGUGAUGCAGCCAAUAAUACUGAACCUCAUGUGCGGAAACAGCGCCACCUGGCGGCGCUUCUGAGGAGCAGGAGGAGGAGAGACGCAAGCACCUGGACGGGACACAUGGCCUUCUCUAAGAGCCUCCUGAAGUGGCGUCUGAUCGGAGAAGGUUACAGCAGUCAGCUGUCCAUCGACGAGCAGAAGUACAUCUUCAGACUGGCCUUCCGCAUGUGGAGCGAAGUCUCUCCGCUGCAGUUCGUGGAGGACACUCACUCGCCUCUGGAGGACAUCGACAUCCGACUGGGCUUCGGGACAGGUCGUCAUCUGGGCUGCUCUCAGCGGUUUGACGGCGCGGGACGAGAGUUCGCUCACGCCUGGUUCCUCGGGGACAUUCAUUUCGAUGAUGAUGAACAUUUCACCGUCCCAAACAUGGGCAGCGGGAUCAGUCUUCUCAAGGUAGCGGUUCAUGAGAUCGGUCACGUUUUAGGGCUUCCUCACAUCUACCGGUCCGAAUCCAUCAUGCAGCCCAGUUACCUUCCUCAGGACGCCGGCUUUGAGAUCGACUGGAUGGACCGGAAAUCUAUUCAGAGCCUGUACGGUGUGUGUAAGGGCCGCUUCAGCACCGUGUUUGAUUGGAUCAGGAAGGAGCAGACGCCGUACGGCGAGGUCGUGGUGCGUUUUAACACCUACUUCAUGCGUGACGGCUGGUACUGGCUCUAUGAGAACCGUAAUAACCGGACGCGCUACGGGGACCCGGUGGCGGUGCAGGUGGGCUGGCACGGGCUGCCCUCCAGCGGCGUGGACGCUUACGUUCACGUGUGGAACCGCAAAGCAGACGCUGUCUACUUCUUUAAAGGUGUGCAGUACUGGCGUUAUGACAGUGAGAACGAUCAGGUGUUCACUGAAGACUCAGACGGCCGCUCGUAUCCUCGUCUGAUCUCUGAAGGCUUUCCCGGCGUGUCUGGACCAGUGGACACUGCAUACUACGACCGGAGGGAUACUCACAUCUACUUCUUCAAGGGCUCACAGGUGUUCAGGUUUGAUGUGCGCGCGAACCGCUUGGCUUCUUCUUCCCCACAAAAAAUCACAGAGGUGUUUCCCGCCGUUGUCCCCAGUAACCAUCCCGUCGGUAACCUGGACGCUGCGUAUUUCUCAUACUCACACAACACGGUAUUCCUGCUGAAGGGCUCGUGGUUCUGGCGGAUGGUGAGCGGCAGAGAUCGCAGACGGAGCGUCUCGCUGCCACCAAACAGCCUGAUGCCCCGCAGAGACGUGGAGCAGCAGUGGUUCGACAUCUGUGACGUUCACCAGAGCUCUCUGAGAACCACGCGCAGAUGAUGAGGUCAGCUGAGAUCUGAUCUCAGAUCAGCCUCAUACUGUAUGAGGAAGGCUGCAGCAGAUUUUAUACCAGCAGGAACUGAACGAACGCUGAGAGCAUGAGGACGUUCAUCCGAAUCUGGGAUUCCCAGAUGAGCUCAAAUAUAUAAUUAAAGUCUCCUGAGGUUUAAGUUAAAGAAAUAGUU